UUGGAUUAUUCGGGAGUGGAGAUUUUUUCCGAGAUGUCAUUAUUAGCGUUAUUAAAGAGCGCAAACAAGAAGGAAAACGUUACAACGAUAUGUUGCAGUUAUUAAUGGAUGUCGUCAACGAUGUUUCAAAUGAAAAAUAUUUAACCCAGAACCUAGAGCCUGUGUGUGUUGAAGAUCAAGAAGAUCAAUAUGGAAGCAUUAUAAGCAAAGAUGGAAGUCAUAACAUAAAACACAAAAAGCUAACCGAAGACGAGAUGAUCGCUCAAUGUGUUUCUUUCUUUACUGCUGGUUUUGAGACAACAGCCUUAACUCUAUCUUACGUGGCUUAUAGUCUUGCUCUUAAUCCUGAUUGUCAAGAAAAGUUAAUACAAGAAAUAGACUCGGCCUUUGAAUCUCAUAAAGUGAUGAAUUAUGAUGCAGUAAGAGAUAUGAAGUACUUGGAUUGUGUUAUAUCAGAAACAUUAAGAAUGUAUCCCCCAUCAAUUACGGUACAAAGGUCAGCAGCUGAAAAUUACGUAGUGAAGGAUUUGGGACUUACAAUUGAAAAAGGUGUUAUUAUAAAUAUUCCGGUUUACUCAAUGCAUUUCGAUCCAGAAUUUUUCCCAGAACCAGAAAAGUUCAAACCAGAAAGGUUUUUAGAGAGGAGUCAUCCCCAGUAUGCUUACCUACCGUUUGGAGCUGGCCCAAGAAACUGUUUAGGCAUGCGCUUUGCGCUUAUGCAAAUUAAGAUGUGUAUGAGCAAUAUAUUGCGUCAUUACAGAUUUCGACUGGCCGAUAAUACAAAGGUUCCAAUCGAGUUUAAUAUAGGAAGUGUUUUUCUAACAGUAAAUGAGCUACCAUUAAAGAUUGAAAAAAGAAAUGACUUGUGAAUUGGAAAUCCUAUGAACUGUAAAGUGUAUAAUUUAAAUCUUUAUAUAAAACUGGAAAUCAUUUGUUCAUUUUGUAUGUGUUUUACUUGU